AAAGUCAAACAGCUGUGAGCCGGUUUGUCAACUACUUUUAAACUGAGAAAAUGGGUGAUUUUGAACUAAUUUGGCCACCAUUUUAAGUAAAAUCGAUCAGCUGUCGGCGUCUCGCCGGUCGCCCCGUUAGUUUUCCCAUUCCGUGUGCACCGCGUCUUACAAUUGCACCGCCGCUGCAGUCCAAACCGGUUUACCGCCUCUCGAUUUUUCGGUGUCUCCUUUCCGCAUAUAGGCUCGCAGCUCCCAGCUGACCUGCAGUCUUGCUUUAUCCAGUCUGCUGUGUGGGCCAACGAACUCGCAAUCGAAAUUGGUACUGCUGCUGUCCCCAACCCCCAAUUUCAAUAAAUACGCCCGAUUCGGCAUUUGCCUGUGAGAAUGAAGAACGUCUUAGAUGUCAUGUCGUUGCAGCAGCACGUGGAUUCGAACAAGUCGCAGGGCGUAAAGCCCAUUGACUAUAGGAAGCUGAACAAAUCCGGACUGGUGCCCCUGUACAUUUUUGAGUGCGCUGCCAAGCUGAAGAUGAAACCCCUGACGGCUGCCUGUGCGGCCAUUGUGUACCACCGCUUCUUCCGGGAGGUGAAGUCCAGCGACUACGAUGAGUUCCUAAUUGCCGCCUCCUCGCUGUACUUGGCUGGCAAAAUCAAGGACGACGACAGUGUGAAGAUACGCGAUGUGAUCAACGUGGCAUACUGCACCCUCAACCGGGGCAAUGAUCCGCUGGAUCUCAACGACGAGUACUGGUCCAUGCGCGAUGCCAUCGUGCAGGCGGAGCUGCUUAUCACACGCACCCUGGGCUUCGAUCUCAACAUCGACCUGGCACAUAAGUACUUACUCUACUAUAUGAAGACCCUACAAGACUGGGUGGGCGCCGAGGUGUGGAACUCGGUGCCCAUUGCCAAGGCUGCAGCCUCCUACCUGCAAGACUUCCACCAAAGCGCCAACAUCCUCAAGUACAAGCCAACCCAUGUGGCCAUCGGCUGUCUAUCGCUGGCCCUGCAGACCUACGGCGUCCAGGUGCCACUCACCGAUGAGUCCGAUGAGUCGGCCAUGUGGUACAAGCCCCUGGUCAAGGACUUUACCCGAGAGCACCAGUGGGAGAUUAUUGAGAGCGUGAUCGAAGUGUACAAGCAUGAGUCUUCCCUGAAGGCCACCUAAUUUUCCAACCCCUGCCACUCUAUCAUUCCCAUCUACACUUAUUUAUUUUCCUUUCGCGCCUCAUAUUACUUUCACUUUACGUGCUGUAAGCUCAAAUAAAAGUCUAUGGAAUGAAAAAGAAA